AACUGUAAUUUUUCCUUUUAAUAAAUUGAAAAAAUAAAAUUUGUUAUAGUUUUAUGAUUGGGCUGGAAAUAAGAAAAACAAAAAGAAGCCUAUUUGUAAAAACUAGGGCUUAUAUAUAAAUUAUUGGGCUGUUCAUUUGGAUUUAAUUUGGCCCAUUAAAUAUAAAUUGGUUCAGAGCUGCAUAUAAAAUUUCAGAGUUCGAAUCCAGAAUCCAGCGCUUGUAUCGCGCAAUUGCUUCGUCAGAAAAAUGAAUUCUCCGCUCAAAUCCUUGUCUUCUUCCUCCGCUUCAUCGGCAUUUGGCACCCGAUGGUGGCGGUUGUUGGAGAAUUUAAUUUCUAUCCUUAAAAGCAGUUGCUUUUUCAAUCUGUCUUCUUCUUCGUAUUUCGAAAUCACCAAGGAUUAUCAUCACACCGUUGUUUGAGCUCCACAUUGCAUAAAUCCAAGCAGGCACGAUGGAUUUUACAGCUGCAUUAUUAACCCCUAACCUCCGGCUAUUUUUAUAUCCCGAAACCCUAAUCUAUACCUUAAAUCAGAAAGAGAGAAAACCCUCGAUUUCGUCCACCGUCGCCAGUCGCCACCACCGCCAUCGCGCCACCCCCGCCGUCGCCUCUGCCGCCAAUGGCUUCUCGUUAUACUGUUGCUGUACCUCCGGAGGGAUUUGAAGUGCCCGAAGGAUGGGAAUAUAUAAGUGAGCUGAAGAAAAACGGAACCCGUGUUCAGUACUACACGAAUGUAACGGGGCAAAAGUACUACACGGAAGCGGACUUAAUGUCGUAUGUUGAGUAUUCAAAAGAAAGAGGAUUCAGCAUCUACGCCCCUAAUUUUGAUGCACGAAGUGCGAGAUAUUACCAUCGGCGUGGAGGACUUAAUUCCAAAACCAAAGAUCGAGCAAAAUCCAAGAAAGAAAGGGAAAGAGAGAACCGCGAUGAUUUAGAAUGCGCGAGCGCUCUGCUGGACCUUUCGACCGACAAAGAAAAGGUGGUACAGUGGGCGACUGUUUUAUUACAAAUUUCAUCUCGGGGAGACACCGAAAGCCGAAGCUCCAGAAGGCUGGGAUGAACAAGGCUUUCAAUUUUCUUCAAUGUGUGGUUUAUGAAGUACUACACGAAUGUAACGGGGCAAAAGUACUACACGGAAGCGGCCUUAAUGGUGUAUGUUGAGUAUUCGAAAGAAAGAGGACUCAGCAUCUACUCUCCUGUAAGUACUACUUCAAGUUUCUUAGUUUCCUUCUUUUUAUCAUACCUAAUAGUACUAAUUGAAAUAACCGAAGGCGUAGAGUAGAGGGCUUAAAUCCAAAACCAAAGUACGAUUUUUUCUUUCUCUAAAUAAUCGAGUUUCUAGUGCAUGUCAGGUGUGAUGUGUGUGCAUGU